CCUGGGAUUAAGGGACACAGAGCAGAAAAGUUGACUAAAGCUAGGCGAUGCUGUUCUGGAGCGGCGGUGGAGGGAUGGGGUGAAAUCGUCACAAAUGCUUGAGCCGGAAGACAUUGUUCUGCUUAGCCCCGGAAAUAAGAGGUUUUCAGACGCUGAAAACUUUCCGAGAGUUCCACCUUGGCCGAGAAAGAACUUCCUGCCUGAUUUGGAAGGCGAGUUCCGAGUGAACCGUUUGCUUUGGUCCUUUGGGAAAUUACAUGCAAGUCUCAAUAACCUAUUCUAGAAGCCAACUUUUACACAGAUCUAGAAGAAAUGAGAUUAAAGAUGACCAGACAGCGGACUCCAGAAAUUUGAAACAAUCAGGAACUGCAAGGACUGAGUCCAUAUGGAAGAAGAGCUUCCCCUUUUCUAUGGCGAAAGUGGCAAGUCAGUGAAGGCUACUUUGUCAUCUUUGAAGAUGUUAGAUGUGGGAAAGUGGCCAAUUUUCUCUCUUUGUUCUGAGGAAGAGCUACAGUUAAUUCGUCAGGCUUGUGUCUUUGGCAGUGCAGGCAAUGAAGUUUUAUAUACUACAACAAAUGAUGAGAUUUUUGUGCUUGGCACAAAUUGCUGUGGCUGUUUGGGGUUAGGUGAUGUCCAGAGCACCAUUGAACCUCGAAGACUAGAUUCUUUAAGUGGCAAAAAGAUAGCUUCCCUCAGCUAUGGGAGUGGUCCACAUGUUGUACUUGCAACAACAGAAGGAGAAGUCUUUACCUGGGGUCAUAAUGCUUACAGCCAGUUGGGCAUUGGAACAACUAACCAUGUUUUAAUUCCCUGUCAUAUCUCUACUAACUUGUCAAAUAAGCAAGUCAUUGAAGUUGCUUGUGGAUCUUACCAUUCUCUGGUGCUAACAUCUGAUGGAGAGGUAUUUGCCUGGGGUUAUAAUAACUCUGGACAGGUAGGAUCUGGAUCAACAGCUAAUCAGCCGAUUCCUAGAAGAGUCACUGGUUGCUUACAGAAUAAAGUAGUUGUGAACAUAGCAUGUGGGCAGAUGUGCUCAAUGGCUGUGGUGGACUCUGGUGAGGUCUUUGUCUGGGGUUACAAUGGAAACGGGCAGCUCGGACUUGGCAGUAGUGGUAACCAGCCAACACCCUGUAGAAUAGCAGCUUUGCAAGGCAUUCGCGUGCAGCGGGUUGCCUGUGGCUAUGCACAUACCUUGGUACUGACAGAUGAUGGUCAGGUAUAUGCAUGGGGUGCAAACUCUUAUGGCCAGCUGGGCACUGGCAAUAAAAGCAACCAGUCCUAUCCUACUCCUGUUGUGGUGGAAAAGGACAGGAUUAUAGAGAUUGCAGCUUGCCACUCUGCCCACACCUCUGCCGCCAAGACCCAGGGUGGGCACGUGUACAUGUGGGGCCAGUGCCGAGGCCAGUCUGUGAUCCUGCCUCACCUCACCCACUUUUCCUGCACUGAUGACGUGUUCGCCUGCUUCGCCACGCCCGCCGUCACAUGGCGCCUUCUGUCUGUGGAACCUGAUGAUCACCUCACAGUGGCUGAGUCCCUGAAGAGAGAAUUUGAUAAUCCUAACACUGCAGACCUCAAAUUUCUGGUGGAUGGAAAGUACAUUUAUGCACAUAAAGUUCUUCUCAAAAUUAGGUGCGAGCAUUUCCGUUCGUCUUUGGAAGACAAUGAGGAUGACAUUGUAGAAAUGAGUGAGUUUUCGUAUCCCGUUUACCGAGCCUUCCUGGAAUACCUGUACACGGACAGCAUCAGCCUCUCUCCUGAGGAGGCAGUGGGAUUGCUGGACUUGGCUACAUUUUAUAGAGAAAACCGUUUGAAAAAGCUCUGCCAACAAACCAUCAAGCAAGGAAUCUGUGAGGAGAAUGCCAUUGCCCUGCUCUCAGCUGCCGUCAAGUAUGAUGCACAGGAUUUAGAAGAAUUCUGCUUCAGGUUUUGCAUAAACCAUUUGACUGUAGUAACACAAACUUCAGGCUUUGCAGAAAUGGACCAUGAUCUCCUGAAGAACUUUAUCAGCAAAGCAAGCAGAGUUGGCGCAUUUAAAAACUGAUCCUUGCCUAUUGGAAGGCAUUAUCACUACAAGAGCCAGAGAAUAAAUGCACCUUACUGAUAUUUGUGAUUAGCUAUCAUUUGGCUGCUAACUUACAUUCUGUCAAGAGAAGGAUGUCAGUCAGUCUUCCCCAUUGGCUGAAAUCACAAGUUUACAUAGCAGGCAUUAAAUGCUGUUAUUGGAGGUGAUGAAGCUCAAGGGAGGAAAUCUAGUAUGUCUUAGAUUUAUUCUUUCAUCUUUUGAGUCACUUAAGUUGGAUAUUUUGGCACAAUAAUGUAAGCACAUGCUCUUCUGGCCAAAUGUUACAUUAUCCAACAGAUUGGUAGCACAUAGCUAGCUGACAGAAAAUGCUGUACUCAGUUUUCUACAUCCAGCACAGUGCUUCGCAUAUGGUAGGCACUCAAUUUAUUAUCAAUUUAAGUAUUCCCUGAGAACAGCUUUAUUUGUGGGAUAUUGGAUGAAGGAGAAACACAAAACCAAUUUUAAAACAGCCUUCAACUAUUAAGGUUCAUAUUCUUCUGGUAUGUUGUUCUGAGAAUGGCUAAAAUUUAGCCAUUAAUUAGAAUUCACAAAGGCCUUGGCAAUUAACUGUCAAAAAAGCCCAAGAGUGAUUUUAAUUUCCCAUUUACUUUCUCACAAGGGAUUACUGAAUAUGAAGCAUUAUCUUUGAAUGAAUGUUAUUUCUAGGCGCAUCUGUCUUACAUGACUACAUAACAUUCUUUGCUCUUAUGUUGAGAUUUGCCUCCUUAAAAAAUGAUUUUUUUUGUAGUUGCUUCUGUCAUUAUAAAACAAGGCACAGUAUAAUUAUGAAGUACUAACUAAAGAGGAACUAAUAUUUACAUUUCAUGGACAGCACUAGAAGAAUGAGAUCCAUUUCUACUUUAACUGCAAAUGAGAAACUGGAACAGAAUGUAGACUAUAACUUCCGUCUUCUGUAUUUCACAAUGAUAUUAUAUAAAGAAUAUUCUUUUGAAAUUAGAAAUCUUGUUCUGAUGCUGAACUAUUUGAUAAUAAAGAGCUUAUU